CCAACACCAGAAGAUUUCAGGAAGUCACUUCACUAAACAGUGACGACUGUCUGUGUUGAAAAGAGAUGCAGAUCACACUUGCUCCGCUGUUCCUGAUGCUGGUGCAACAUGUGAUUCCAGUAUUUGCUACAGGACAGCUGGGUUUCCUAGAGGGCCUCGUGGUGUCUAUUAACCAGCGACCCUGGCUCCUGGGCCUUUAUGUCUUCGUUGUUGGACUUCCCAUGAUUCUCUUCAUAAGCUUCAUGUGGCCUGAUAAGAGAUUUGGGCCACCUGAUCAACCGUAUUAUUACAAGAAGUCUGAUGAUGCUCAACCAGAUGAUCCCGAGGUCUCGCUGCUGAAGGGAUCAGCCGAUACUAAAGUGUCACAGAGCAGCAGGGGGAACAAAGAAGAAGACGCUCCAUCCACUCACAAGAGGAUGCCAAGGAAACAAUUAUAAUAUAUGUGGAAUUGAAGAUGUUACUACCUCUACUUCAGUAUGUCCAACAGAAUACUUUAACAUAAUUUCAUUAACAAAGAGCUGUACUGUAUGGCAACACUGACACAUACAAUACUAAAGAAGAAACAGCUCAGCUCUUGAUACUGAAAGUG